AUGAACACACUGCUAGGAAUGAAUAUGCGACUUCGUUAUUCCGGCAACAUCAAGGAGAGACUUGAAACGAGCGAUAAGAAGGCGAAGAGAGGGAAACCAGGGGCCAGAGCAGAGCAGAUCAGAGGGGGGGGGGGAGGAGGAGGAGCAGAGAGAGCAAAGGGAAGAAGGGCCGAAGCGCCGGAGGGCAAAGGAAGGCCAAAGGAAAAGAAGGGAAGAAAAGAGAGAGACAAGACAGGAGAGAGAGAGAGAAGAAGAGAGAAGAAGAAGAAGAAGAAGAAGAAGAGAGAGGAAGAGAGAGAGAGGGAGAGGAGAGUGUGA